AUGGUUCGAACCCGACCUCCGCCUCUCGACUUCCCGUGUGUAGACUUGGGUGACUUGGCAGUAACUCAGCCUUCGUGCAACCUUCGGGUGGCAUGGCAGUUAGGCAACGAAAGGGUGCUACAGCUGAAAGAUCUAGAUUUUAAAAAAGAUCUUAAGAAAGAUAUAUGGUGGACUUAUCAGGAAUGGAACAAUUCAACCUUAAAAACCAGUCCAUCAAGUCUUGCACCUGAUUGUAAACAUUAUGAACAUAAUGAGGGAUCGGAAUGCAAAUGUGAGCGCAAAAAACACGAUUGGCGGAACGAUAUGCGAAAAAAAUAUCUGUACACUCGUCAACGAAAGACACUCAUUUGCAAACAAAUUUGGUUCUGUGAGAGACUCACAUGGAACUCGGCUGAUUAUCUCGUUUGUGAUGUUUCCAGGCAACUGAAUGUGCUGCACCAGACCCCUCAUGUUCCAGUUGCUACGAUAUUCGAGAUGUCGCGACACAUGAUAGCUAUCAAAACUAGAUUUAGAAAUACCCGCUGCCCUAUUAGACCGUGCACUGCAUGCCCGGGAACUGGUUUAUUCUGGCUAAGGCAGGCAAUACUUAUGGGGCGGAGAGUUCCCAAG